AUGUGGAUAUUUCUGGUGAUGAUGACGAUUGUUAAUCUCGGAGGUACUAAGCGUGUAAGGAAAGAACCUCGACAAAUUUCAGUCACGUCAUCAGGUGAAGGAAGUGAAGGUGAACUCAAUCCAAAAUUGUGUAUGCUUCGUCGACGUAAACGUGCUAUGGCAUCCGUUGAUGCAACAGCAAUAUCUUUUGCAACGGAGGUUGGAAUUAUGAUGCGGAGCUUUUGUCAAAUGGAAUUCCAUACAUGGGAGAAAGUAGCAAAAGAAAAUAAAGAAGAAAUGAUUAACAGAUUACGUGAAAAUUUUGAAUUACCGCACGAAGAUAAAGUUCUGAUGGAGUAUGUGGAUGAACAAAUGCGGAGGCAAUGGAAACGCACACGAAAUAUUUUCAAAGAUUAUUGGAAGAAAAAUGGAGGAAUGACAGAUCCACAAUUAGCAAGAUCUAAAAUGAAGCCAGAUUGUCGUAGCGAAGAAGAUUGGGGCUAUUUGUGCGAUUAUUGGGAAUCGGAUAAAGCGAAGUUCAAAUUUUGUAGCAAUAUGCGGCGAAAACUUGUUAUUCCAAGUAGAGGAGGCUCACGAUCGAUAGCAACUCACAAAUUUGCAAUGACAAAUAAAGAGACUGAGAUGCCCCCCAGCCCAAUCGAAUUAUAUCAUAAGUUCCAUUUUCAUCCUAUAAAGAAAUGGAUAAAUGAUGAGUCACGCAUUCAAUACGAAAAUAUUCUCCAACUCAAGGAGGAAGAAUGCGCCAAAUUAGUUUCGGCGGGAACAAGCAUUACUCAAGAAAUGGAAUACGACAUAGAGAAAAAAGUCAUUAAAACUGUUUGUGCCAAACAUAAAACAUUACAAUCAGGAUGGGAGGCUUCAAGUGGACCUGUUAUGAGGAAAAAAGAUAUACAUCUCUUAUCAACCGCAGAAACAUCUCAAUCAGCCUCAAAAGACGAAGAAGAUAUGAAAAGUAAGAUUGUUGCACUUGAGGAGGAGGUUCGAAUAAACGAACCAAAAAGUCAAACAAAGUGA